ACCUUAGACUAAAUUUAGUAGAAUCUUAUGAAGAUGAGCCCGAAGUGGGCUAUAAAGCCCACGGCGGACUCUUUGACCCAUGUACAAAGCAGGCUUUUAAGCCCAAUGCGGGCCAUAAAGUCCA